UGGCUUGGCCCCGACCACCAUGUCAAAUUAUUGAUCAAAACGAUUUUGACAUUAGGGAGAGAAUUAUUGGGCGUGGCGGAGGGAAACUAGUAAACAACCAUCAUCCUCACAACCCAGUCACCGUCAUCUUCGUUUCUCCGACCGGAGUCCAAUUUCCAGCGUGCCCAGAAGAACCCAGCAGACUCCCUGAUUUCACGGAAUCUUUGUCCCUUUUCUUAAUGUUAUAUUCUUGAACCAAGAUUAAAUUUUUGAAUCUGAUUCUUGGAGUCUGCUGUUGGAGUUUCCAGGCUUCCAUCAAUGGCGAAGUGUUUCAGCUUCACGUUAUCAAGAGACCAGUGUUUCAGAUACUCUUUCAGAAACGCCGGCCUGAAAUCCUCCACGCAAGACUUGGGAGAUGGCACCAUUGUGCACUGUUGGGUGCCCAAAACCCACAAACCCCAAAAACCCACUCUUCUUCUCAUCCAUGGCUUCGGAGCCAAUGCCAUGUGGCAGUGGAAUGAUUUCAUCUCCCCUUUGGCUUCCAAGUUCAAUGUUUAUGUCCCGGACCUGCUCUUCUUUGGCGAAUCCUACACCUCCAGGCCGGAGAGAACAGAGGCUUUUCAAGCCCAGUGUGUGAUGAGGGCCAUGGAGGGUCAUGGGGUGAAGAGGAUGAGUGUGGUGGGUCUGAGCUAUGGUGGGUUUGUGGCGUAUAGCAUGGCGGCGCAGUUCCCGGAGGCGGUGGAGAAGGUGGUUCUGGGUUGCACUGGGGUGUGCUUGGAGGAGAAGGACAUGGAAAAUGGGAUGUUUAUAGUGAAGAGUGUGGAGGAGGCUGCUGAUAUCUUGUUGCCACAGAGCCCUCAGAAACUCAAGGAGUUGAUGAAAUUCUCAUUUUAUAAGCCUGCUAAGAUUGCUGUCCCUUCUUGUUUCCUGGCUGAUUUCAUUGAUGUGAUGUGUACUGUGAAUCGCCAAGAGAGAAAGGAGCUUAUCGAGGCAUUAUACAAAGACAGAAAGUUGUCUGAUCUUCCUAAGAUUACUCAGCCCACAUUGAUCAUCUGGGGAGAAAACGAUCAGGUAUUCCCACCAGAAUUAGCGCACCGAUUGAAAAGGCAUUUGGGCGACAACGCCCAGCUGGUGAUGCUCAAGAACGCGGGGCAUGCAAUCAAUCUGGAGAAACCGAAGCAACUGUACAGCCAUUUGAAAGCGUUUCUUAUGGAUUCUUGCUCUCCUCCCCAGCAGGAUGGCAACAACAGGAACACAGACUAGAGGUAUGAAAAAUGGCAAAAGUUAUAUAUAUAUAUAUAUACACUACAGUCAAUAGCAUACAUAC